GUGUCAGGAGGGAAGGAGAUUGAGUGGAGGGCCGUUUCUCAUCAAUAUUUCAGUCUCUCCCCUCUUUCCCCACUCUUUCCUUUCCCUUUGCAUGCACACACACACAUGUGUAAGUGCUCCAUGUGUAUUAUUUAUUAGUAUAUGUUCAGCGCAUGAGGAGGGGUUUCUCACAAAAACUGCUUUCAGAACAAUUUAACGUGUGUGUGUGUGUGUGUGUAUACACACAGAAUAUAAACUGUACAAUAUAAAUAUAUUUUAUAUAUUAUCCCAGUUAAUUGACCUUGUUCGCACUAAAACAGUUAGUUAAAAAGUACUUAAUUAUAAUGAGGAGUUAUCGAUGGUAAUUGUAUUGUCUCCUUUUAUGGUCAGUGUGUGUGUAUAUAUGUGUAUAUAUAUAUGUGUGUGUGUGUGUGUGUGUGUGUGUGUGUGUGUGUGUGUGCGUGUGUGUAUGCAUAUAGUAAAUUCUUGACUAUAUACUGUACAGUAUAAAAAAACUGUUCAAAUAGCUUGUCUAAAACGGUUGUGUAGUGACUUGUGUGGUUCUAUCCUAAUAGACAUCAUUAAUUUAUAAAGGCCUGAUUCUGUCGUGUGUGAAGUGCAGUCAUGUGUAAUCAGUGUGUUUGGAGCGGUGACUACAAGAGCUGCUGUGAUCAAAGAGCAAAAUAAAAGCUACAGAUGUGAGUGCCAUGGUCACCAAAGACAACGCUAACUCUGGCUCUGGCGGAAAGACAACCUGUGUGAAGAAACAAAAGUGUAUAAUGAACAAUUCUCAAAAGGCUGGGGUACUUUACAGGGACCCACAGAUAACUAUAUUUGAACCCGAACUGACUCUAGAGGUCACGGCUGAUGAAGAUGGAAGGAAAGCGAAUCGGGUCGCAGUGAACGGUGUUAUAGAAACGACUGCUAAUGAACAGACGUGUAACGUACGGAGUGUUUCCAAUCUCCAGAAUCUGAAAGAGAUGCAAUAUCUGCACCACGAGACUGAGGACAGUCUAAUCGAUCCAUCACUGGACAUGGACAAGUCAUCUCUCAUGGGUUUCGUUGACUCCAGUAACCUGGAGAGCUCAGAGGAUGUUCAGACCGUCCCGUGCAUCCAUGUGGACGUUAAAACGGAUGUGGUGCUGAUCGAUGAAGACGAUGAUGAUAUGUCUCUAAGGGAGAGGACAGUGACGGAUGUGUCCACUGCAGACGGGAAUGCGGCUGAGCUUGUGUGUGGGCGGCUCCAGUCAAUCUCCUCUGACUCCACCCACUCUUUAUGUGAUGGGCGGAGUCUAGAGCAAGGCUCGACCAUUGAGACACCUCAAGAGAAACAGGAGCCGCCCAAAAAACACAAACGCGCUUGCUGCCUCUGUGUUAUCAUUUAAUGUUUCUCAGAAAAAAAAAAAGCCAAGGUUAUACACUUUUCAAGCAUUUUUUUUUUCUUUUUCAUGACCAUUUGUAACUCUCUCUCUGACCGUUAGAAUUAAACAAGCUUAUAGUUGACAUGGAAAUUAUUUAAUGUGACAUAUUUCCAAGUGAAAGAAUAUUUGAUGGGUGUGGGUGGGAAGGACAUUUCAAAGUUAGUCAGAGUUUCUUAAAGCAAAAAAAUAAGUGUCAUGACCAUUUAUAACUCUUUCUGACCCAUACAAGUUUAUUUUGCUACUGUCCUUUUUAUGGAAUUUUUCACCACAGACUAAAAAGAAAUAAAAAAGGUCCUUAACAAGUUUUUAUCUCAAACUUCUUUGAGUUUAUAUCAUAAUUGUGGUGGGAAAAAAACUUUUUUUUUUUUAAUCUGUGGUGCAAAAUUAGUUUUAAAGUAAAUAAAAAAAACACUUUCUAUAAUGUGAUAUUAGUGAAUGAGUGAUAAAAGCCAGGGAAGAACUGUACUCUAUUCAUCGUGACAAUUCUUAUGUCAAAAGAGAAAGCAACUUACAAAAACAAUAUGUCUUCUGUUGGCGUAAAGACACGUUCACAACAAUGACGAGAAUUAUAAAAGAUAACUAUGAAGUUUUAAUAAUUGUUUCAUUGAACAGCAUUUGAAUGAAAUUGAAAUUCCAAAACAAAUGUCUUUACUGUCACUUUUGAUUUACAUUUACAUUUACAAUAUUUACAAAUUUUAAUUUUGAUCAAAUUAAUAUGUCCUUGCUGAAUAAAAGCGUUUAUUUCUUUAAAAGAAAAAUAUCUUACUGACACAGAAAUUUGAAGGUAAUUUUGUUACCAGCAUACAACAAAGCGUAGUACUGCAUAUGAAAUACUGUGUCCUACAGGGCAGUGCACACAAUUUGUCCUUCCUUUACCAGUGUGAUAAAUGAGCCCAAAGUAAUAUUUUUACAUUUUUUAUUGGCGUUCCAAGACUUUUUACACACAAUAUUUUAAUUAAUAAAAAAUAUAUAAUUGGUUUAAAAUUAUAAACUAACCGUUUCUAAUGUAUUCAGUCAUCUUGCAUGUAAUUACAUUGCAAUAUUACAUACUACUUUUGGAAACCUUUAGCAUACAGCAUUCUGUUUUACAUACAGGAAUUCAGUCUAUACCGUGCUGUAUUCAUGCACUAAUAUUCCAUUUAGAACACAGACUAGCAUCUCUUUUUCAUUUUCUAUAAUGCUACAUUUUCUGUACAGUGCUCAUGAGCUGCAUCUCUACGGUGGUGUCUGUUAUGUUUGAAUAAAAGCUAUUAAUAUGUUCACA